AUGGCGGAUCAGCUCACCGAUGAUCAGAUCUCUGAGUUCAAAGAAGCCUUCAGCUUAUUCGACAAGGAUGGUGACGGUUGCAUUACCACAAAGGAGCUUGGAACCGUGAUGCGUUCUCUCGGACAGAACCCAACAGAAGCAGAGCUCCAAGACAUGAUCAACGAAGUUGACGCUGACGGUAACGGCACCAUUGACUUCCCUGAGUUCUUGAACCUCAUGGCUCGUAAGAUGAAGGACACCGACUCCGAGGAAGAGCUCAAGGAAGCGUUUAGGGUCUUUGACAAGGACCAGAACGGUUUCAUCUCAGCAGCUGAGCUCCGUCAUGUGAUGACAAACUUAGGUGAGAAGCUCACUGAUGAAGAGGUUGAUGAGAUGAUCAAGGAAGCUGAUGUUGAUGGUGAUGGCCAGAUUAACUAUGAAGAGUUUGUCAAGGUCAUGAUGGCUAAGUGA